AUCAUAGGAGGCACACUCAUGGGUUAUUUCACUGUCUCUCUCUUCAUUCAUAAUCAUCAUCACUCUCUAUCUUCUCUUUUACAGAGUGUGAUUUCACCUCUCUCUGAUUCUCUACUCUCUACCCUCUCUCUAGGGUGGCUGCGUUAGUGUAUUCAAUAAGCCAGCCUUUCGCUUCAUUCGUCUUAAAAAUCUCGUCUUUUUAUCCCCUCCAACAUUUCAAGACUCCCCACAUUUAAUAAUUGCUCAGCCGUCGUCACCUGCGAAUAUUCAGAGAUAUUAUUAUUUUUUGCUUGCAUUUAUAGCCUUUAGACAGCUCCCCAUGGAAACAGCGCUCCUCGCAAGAAUUUGUAACGGCCCUCCAACCGCGAGCUGUGCUGUAUAGCAUUUGGAAGAAGCGUAUGUAUGUAUGUAUGUGAAAGCAGCAUUUUUCGUGUGAUUAAGUUUUAGGUGUUUAAGAAGAGGGAUUGAGGGGAAAAGAUGGAGCCACAGAGACAGAGUGAAGAGGCAAUAGUUCCUGGGAUUAUGAGUACUGAAACUGAGGUAGAUGAUCAGAGAGAGGAAGGGAGAGUUCAAAAUGAACCUAUGCUUGGUUUCAAGAGCUUUCUUUGGCAUGGAGGGUCUGUUUAUGAUGCUUGGUUCAGCUGUGCUUCAAAUCAGGUGGCACAGGUUCUUUUAACUUUGCCAUACUCUUUUUCUCAAAUGGGGAUGCUCUCAGGGGUUUUGCUGCAGAUCUUUUAUGGCCUUCUUGGAAGCUGGACUGCUUAUCUUAUCAGUGUACUGUAUGUUGAGUACAGAACCAGAAAGGAAAAAGAGAAUGUCAGCUUCAAGAACCAUGUUAUCCAGUGGUUUGAGGUGUUGGAUGGCUUGUUGGGACCCAAAUGGAAAGCUGUUGGGCUGGCCUUCAAUUGUACCUUCCUGUUGUUUGGUUCUGUAAUUCAGCUCAUAGCUUGUGCAAGUAAUAUAUACUACAUAAACGACCGGUUGGACAAGAGGACAUGGACAUACAUAUUCGGGGCCUGUUGUGCAACGACGGUGUUCAUCCCCUCGUUUCACAACUAUAGGAUUUGGUCGUUUCUCGGACUGGGAAUGACAACUUACACUGCGUGGUAUUUGGCCAUUGCAGCCUUAGUUCAUGGCCAGGUUGAAGGUGUUACUCACAGUGGACCCAAAAAAAUAGUUCUUUACUUUACGGGAGCCACCAAUAUACUCUACACUUUCGGUGGGCAUGCUGUCACCGUGGAAAUCAUGCACGCUAUGUGGAAGCCUCAAAAGUUUAAGUACAUAUAUCUGUUUGCUACUCUUUAUGUCUUCACGUUAACGAUUCCAUCUGCUGCUGCCAUGUAUUGGGCCUACGGUGAUCAGCUUCUCAGUAACGCCAAUGCAUUUGCGCUCCUUCCACAAAAUGGUUUUCGCGAUGCAGCUGUUAUUCUUAUGCUAAUCCACCAGUUCAUAACAUUUGGAUUUGCUUGCACGCCUCUGUACUUUGUUUGGGAGAAAGUGAUCGGGAUGCACGACACGAAGAGCAUAUGUCUAAGGGCGCUAGCCAGGUUACCCGUGGUGAUACCGAUAUGGUUCUUGGCCAUCAUAUUCCCCUUCUUCGGGCCUAUCAACUCCGCUGUGGGAGCACUUCUCGUUAGCUUCACUGUCUACAUCAUCCCUGCACUCGCACACAUGGUAACAUACAGAAAGGCCUCGGCCCGGCAGAAUGCAGCAGAGAAGCCCCCAUUCUUCCUACCAAGCUGGACCGCUGUGUACGUGAUGAACGCAUUCAUUGUGGUUUGGGUUUUAGUCGUCGGGUUUGGAUUCGGGGGGUGGGCAAGCAUGAACAACUUCAUCAAGCAAGUCGACACCUUCGGGCUAUUCGCGAAAUGCUAUCAGUGCAAGCACAAGCCUCCAGAAACCAAUCACCAUACAUAAAAAGAUCAGAAGAUUUAAUGCUUUUUUUUUGACUUUCUGUUGGGGUUAAUGUUGUAGUAUCUUUUGUGUGUUGCUGUUUAUGUUUUUUCUGUUCAGAAUUAUGUAUAAAGAUGUAUAAGAAGAAGAUGAAAUGGUGACAGUUUCUUAGUAGGCUCAGAAUUGUCUUUUUUGCCCAGAAAAUGAUAUGAAAGAAUGGGGUAAGAUUCUAUAAGAUCUUGUUUCAGUGA